AUGAAACCGGAGGACGAAGUUGGCUGGAUGAAGAACCUCCUGGAGGCUGGGAGGGACGAGGAGGAUCAGUUAGAUGUGAUCCGAAAAGAGGCGGAGGAGGCAAGAAGUCCUUCCCCGAGAAGGGACGACACUCCCAAAGAGAGGAAGUUGAAGAAAGAAGUAAAAAAGGACAAAAAGAAGGACGAGAGACGAGAACGGAAGAGGAGCCGAACCCCUCCUGCCCUCCGUCGGGGAGGGCGAGAUUUGGGAGUGGUGUUGGGCAACAGCGGGCUCGAUCCUUCGCCUCAGAGGAGGAGGAGAUUUCUGAGGAAGGCGAAGAAGAUGAUCAGGAAGGGAAGAAAGAAACGUCAAAGCUCCUCGCCCAGUGGGAGCUCCAAGGUAAGUUCAAGCAGCUCCCAAGAAACCAGUGUGGGAGCGGCGGACAUUUUCGGACAAUCCAAGAUGGCAAAAAGGAUCUGGAAGAAAUGUCCGGGGGUCUUGACGGCCACUUCGUUGGCCACAAUGCAGGAGCAGUUGCUCACUGCACAAGGCCAGCUGUGGGAUCUCGACAAGAGAGAGCUCCCACCACUAUUUCUACAGUUUUUCCGCGGAAAUAUCGGCCCUCGGAUGCCUCCUGCCAUGAGGAGGGAAGGGUUGCAUCUGGCCUUUUGUCUGGACCUGGGCAUACAGGGCCGAAUACCAGAGCUCAUGGACGUGAUGUCACAACGUCUGAAGGCGUUGGAUGGGCAGACGAACGGGAAGCACUGGACGGUCACGUCCCAAUACGAACUGGUUCCAGAGGAGACAGCGACCGUCGCUACGCCCCAAGAGACGGAAGCUGCAGCAAAAGAAGCUCGCGAGGCUGGAAGGCUGAGAGCACAGUCCAGCCGCGUCUUCGGGGCGACAGCCAAUCCCGACCGGACGCAAGAGUGGAGGAGAGAGUCAACAGAGAAGGGCAAGGGCGCCAAGGGCCAGGCAAAAGGGAAGGACUGGCGCCAAGCAAAUCGGGACCAACGAGACACCAGGCUGGAACGUGUUUUUACCCAAAAGUUUUUGACCAGUGAGUGCGGCGCCCUGGAAGGCCAAGGGCUAGUGGCUAUGGGAGACCUUUUGUAUGACAUCUUAGGCAUGGUCAAGGCCACCUGCCGCGCACUGAACCUGCUCUACGGCGAGCCCGAGGCGAUGGGCAAGUGGGAUGAAAAAUUCCCUAAGAUUAACUUCGACAUCUUUUUCAGGUCCAAGGGUGUGGACUACCGGGGUGAAGAAGUUAAGGAGUGGCGUGGCAAACCGUGCGUGCUGCAUGCACGUGUCUUACCAAUGGGAUUUCGGAAUAGUGUUGGAAUUGCGCAGCACGUUCAUCGCCAGGUCAUCAGACACUCUCUCCUGGAAGCCCAGCCUCCUGUUGCGGGCGAGGGAGAGAUGAGAAAGGACCGGCCUGCCACUUGCAGUAGGGAGUCAUACCGGAUCUAUUUGGACAAUUUUGACGUUAUCCGCAAACUGGAUACUGCCACGGCCGAGCAAGUGGAAGGUCAACCAGGGCUCUUGAGCCUGAUCGCCAGGCAGGCUUACACGGAAGCUAAACUGCCACGGCACCCAGGGAAGUCGGUGUGCCAGGCCCCUGUGGCGGAAGUCCAGGGCGCAGUACUGGAUGGGCGUCUUGGGAUUGCCUAUCCCAAGCCUGCAAAGGUAGGUCUAUAUGUCAGCCUGGCGUUGGAACUUGUCCGACGCGGCGUAGCGACCCAACGGGAGAUGCAGGUGGUCUGCGGGGGUUUCGUCUACUUCAGUCUUUUCAGACGACCCCUGCUGUCCGCCCUUAAUGCCUGCUGGCAAUUCAUCGAGUCCUUCAAGGCGGAACCGCCGGUGGUACGCCUCCUGAUCCCUAGGGAGGUUGUAUUGGAAUUGACUCGCUUCUGCGCCCUGGCUCCCCUUGCCAGGUUGGACUUCCGCAUUGCAUGCAUGGGAGAUGUCACAGCAAGUGAUGCCUCCUCCAGCGGAGGGGGCGCCUGUGUGUCCACCGGGUUGACGGCGUACGGGGCUGCAGCAGCCAACGUGACAGUGCGAGGCGACGUACCGGAGGCGCACGACUUGAUGCAGGUGCUUUCCGUCGGCCUAUUCGAUGGAGUGGGUUGCUUGCGCAUCGCCUGCGAUCUCUUGGGACUUCCUAUGGCCGGGCAUAUUAGUGUUGAAAAAGAACCUGAAGGCAGGAGGGUUGUCGAGGCGGCGUUCGCUGAUAGCGUCUUUGUGGAGAACGUGGAACUUAUUGAUGACGAGAUGGUGCUCUCCUGGUCUGGGAGGUUCAGCCAGGUGGGCCUGGUCUUGAUCGGGGCAGGCCCCCCGUGUCAGGGUGUGUCUGGCCUAAACUCAGACAAGCGGGGUGCUCUCCGAGAUGCUCGCAGCGGUUUAUUCCGCCACGUACCCCGCAUCAAGAGUUUGUUUGCCCGGCACUUCCCUUGGGCGCAGGUUCGACUUCUCAUGGAGUCUGUAGCAUCGAUGGAUGAAACUGACAAGGCUGUCAUGAGUCAAGCUGUGGAAGAAAUUCCUUACCGCAUUGACGCAGCUGGAAUCAGCCUUGCCCACCGGCCUCGGCUGUACUGGUGUGAUUGGGAACUCCUUUGUUCAAAGGGAGUUGAAAUCCACAGGCUUGAAAACCCCCGCUAUGGGCAACAUCACGAAAUCAUUCUCUCAGGGCAGUUGGAUCCGAUUGAUUAUCUGGAGCCUGGGUGGAACCUCCAAAGUCCGGGUCAGCGUCUGCCUACUUUUACCACCUCCAGACCCUCUCCUACACCUGGGAGGAAACCCGCAGGAUUGCAGCAGUGUUCGCCUGCCGAGUUGCGGCGUUGGGAGGAGGACCAGCACCGGUUCCCUCCUUAUCAAUAUCGCAACCAAAACUGUCUUCUUCACCGUGAUGGAUCCCUGCGCAUCGCAAGCGUUCGGGAACGAGAAGUGGUGAUGGGGAUGCCCCUGGACUACACUGCUCCGUGCUGGCCCAAGUCACAGCGGUCCCUCGUUGGGUAUAAUGAUGCCCGCUUAACCCUAGUAGGGAACGCGUGGAGCAUCCCGGUGGUGGCCUGGCUAGUCAGCUGCCUGGGGUAUCUGCUGGGGUUCUGCCCUCAGUUCUCCUUGCAGCAGAUUAUUCAAGGGCUCCGUCCGGGAGGGUCAGGGGAGCUUCAAAGGCUCCUGUUGUGCCCGCCGCUUCGACGGACUUUGGUAGCUGCGCCUGUGGAAGGCACCCAUUUGGUUAAGAAGCUGGCCGGGUUGGUGUCAAUAAAGGGUGAAGACAUACUGCUGCAGUCCUCCUCAGAACAACAGGUGAAGUACCAACGAUUGCGAGAUCGGUAUUUCAAGGCUCGGCAGCGCUUCUAUGAAUUCCUUAAAAAAGAAGGUUUUGAGAUUCCUCGUCGGCGGCAAGACUUGGAUGUUUUGGUUUCUGAAUUCAUCGAACACUUAUGGGCCUCCGGGGAGGGAAGGUCAUUGGCCAAUGACACGGUAGCAGGGCUCCAAGACAAAGACCCGCGCCUCCGUGGCCAAUUACCUGCCUCCUGGCGUUUACUCAAAACCUGGUCUCUGAACGAGAUUCCAAACAGAGCGCCGCCGCUGCCCGAGAAGGUGCUACAUGCCAUGGUCGGUUACUCGUUGGCUAACAAUCAGUGUGCAUUUGGUCUCUCUUUGCUUCUGGGUUUCUAUUGUAUGCUCCGCACAGGGGAACUCCUAGGGGUUCGCGCAAACCAUAUUGCUAUGACUAAGCCCACGUCAGUGGCUAUUGUCUCCUUGGGAAUGACUAAGGGAGGCAAGCGCCAAGGGGCCGCUGAAAGUGCCACUUUAGGCGUCCUGGAUGUUCUAAAGCUAUUGGUGGCCACCACAGUGAUCUCUGGAAUUUUCUGGUCAAUGGCAUACUCCAAGAACUUCAUGACGCUGAUGCAGUUUGAGAUUCUAGCGAUUCUGUGCAUCACCAUGUUCUGCACCACAGUAAUUUCAAGGAUCCUCUCUGGUUUGGAGCGGAAACUGAAUGGAUCUGUAGUGCCGUGGUUUAUUGCGUCCGGUCCUGGCGCUGUCUUUCUUCCCUGGAUGGUGCAUCGGAUGCUGCGCCACUGGGAAGAGACCGAAGGGGAGAUCUACGGAGGGAACGGCAGUUCUACUGCAGCGCGUCUUAUUGAUGCCUCCAGUACCACUGGAACUGGCCGGGGCUUGCAGUGUCAUGGCGGUCAUGGUCUUUCAGCCAUCCUAAUUGGGAUCCUCUUCUUGGAUGUGGGCCCAUUGCUGGUGCGCUGCGAUCCAGAUGACUUUAUGCGUGUCAUCGUCUCCAUGAAUUCCUGUAUGAUGGUGGUGGACGAGUUGGCUCCAGUGGCGCUGCCAAACGCAGCUGGCACAGCUGCCGGCCAGCAACCGGAGCUGCAGCCGCGAGUCUCAGCGCUGGCCCAAGCGCAACGCUUCGGCGCGGCCUAUUGA